AUGGCUAAUCAAGAGCUAAGCACAGGAGGCAAGCACAGGAGGCAAGCACAGGAGGCAAGCACAGGAGGCAAGCACAGGAGGCAAGCACAGGAGGCAAGCACAGGAGGCAAGCACAGGAGGCAAACACAGGAGCGCAUUCACACUGGAGAGAAACCAUAUCAGUGCUCACAGUGUGGAAAGCAUUUUAAUAGACAGAGUCAUCUCAAAAUACACCAGCGCAUUCACACUGGAGAGAAACCAUAUCAGUGCUCACAGUGUGGAAAGAGUUUUAAUAUACAGAGUAAUCUCAAAAAACACCAACGCAUUCACACUGGAGAGAAACCAUAUCAGUGCUCACAGUGUGGAAAAAGUUUUAAUGGACAGAGUGAUCUCAAAACACACCAGCGAAUUCACACUGGAGAGAAACCAUAUCAGUGCUCACAGUGUGGAAAGGGUUUUAUUGGUCAGAGUGAUCUCAAAACACAACAGCGCAUUCACACUGGAGAGAAACCAUAUCAGUGCUCACAGUGUGGAAAGAGUUUUAAUGGACAGAGUCAUCUCAAAAUACACCAGCGUAUUCACACUGGAGAGAAACCAUAUCAGUGCUCACAGUGUGGAAAGCAUUUUAAUAGACAGAGUCAUCUCAAAAUACACCAGCGCAUUCACACUGGAGAGAAACCAUAUCAGUGUUCACAGUGUGGAAAGAGUUUUAAUAUACAAAGUAAUCUCAAAAAACACCAGCGCAUUCACACUGGAGAGAAACCAUAUCAGUGCUCACAGUGUGGAAAAAGUUUUAAUGGACAGAGUGAUCUCAAAACACACCAGCGCAUUCACACUGGAGAGAAACCAUAUCAGUGCUCACAGUGUGGAAAGAGUUUUAAUGGACAGAGUCAUCUCAAAAUACACCAGCGUAUUCACACUGGAGAGAAACCAUAUCAGUGCUCACAGUGUGGAAAGAGUUUUAAUGGACAGAGUCAUCUCAAAAUACACCAGCGCAUUCACACUGGAGAGAAACCAUAUCAGUGCUUACAGUGUAGAAAGAAUUUUAAUAGACAGAGUCAUCUCAAAAUACACCAGCGCAUUCACACUGGAGAGAAACCGUAUCAGUGCUCACAAUGUGGAAAGAGUUUUAAUAUACAGAGUAAUCUUAAAAAACACCGGCGCAUUCACACUGGAGAGAAACCGUAUCAUUGCUCACAGUGUGGAAAGAGUUUUAAUGGACAGAGUCAUCUCAAAACACACCAGCGCAUUCACACUGGAGAGAAACCAUAUCAUUGCUCACAGUGUGGAAAGAGUUUUAAUAUACAGAGUGCUCUUAAAAUACAUCAGCGCAUUCACACUGGAGAGAAACCAUAUCAGUGCUCACAGUGUGGAAAGAGUUUUAAUGGACAGAGUAAUCUCAAAACACACCAGCGCAUUCACACUGGAGAGAAACCAUAUCAGUGCUCAUAGUGUGGAAAGAGUUUUAAUACAAAGAGUGAGUUAAAAAUACACCAGCGUAUUCACAGUGGAGAGAAACCAUAUCAGUGCUCACAGUGUGGAAAGAGUUUUAAUAUACAAAUUAAUCUGAUAAAACACCAGCACAUUCACACUGGAGAGAAAUCAUAUCAGUGCUCACAGCGUGGGAAGAGUUUUAAUACACAGAGUCAUCUCAAAAGACACCAGCACAUUCACAUUUUACAGAAAUGAUGCUCUCAGUAUUGGAGCUGCUUUGCUCAUUUAUCAGCACUUGGACACAAGUGUGACUCAUCAGAUUGUACCAAACAAGCUAAAAUAUAAAAUAUAGUGAGUGAGUGAAUGUUGGGGAGAAAUGGAGCAAUGAAUGAAUUAUACUGUGUAAUUAAUAGGUAAUAAUUACACAGUAAACAUUAAUAAGUAAAUAGUAAUAAUAAAAGUAUAAAUAUUUAGGUUAAACUAUUACUGGGAAAUAAUGUGAUUAUCUAUAGUGGAGUGA